CGUGUUCAUCAUUUCUUGUAGCCGCGCCGUGAGGACUAGACGUGUCAAAAAACUGUCUGCGUACCGAACGACUAUUUUCACAAAAUUUCUGGGAGUUUACACAAGGUUCUAUUGCCAAGGUUCAAGCCGCAACAACUAUACGAUGCCGUUGUUUUCUUUGGACUCCUUAGGGCUGGAUGGUUUACGAGUAGAAGACCUAAAUUCUUUCAAUAACUGCUCAAAAGGUUUUACAUUUGUAUUGGACAGCCAGCAGUCUCAAAGUAAUUUCUUAGCCAUAAAGACAGAUCUUUCAAUGAACGAGGCAACUUCAGACCUAUCCUCUGUGAAGUCCGAAACUGCAAACAUUGCUCAAAGUCAAGAAUUUAACCCGUUCUUGUCAAACGACAAGGUAAGUGUAAGUGACAGCUUGGCCCUCCUGAUGGCCAGCCAAAUCACCCAGGGUUAUGAGUCCGAGGCUGUGGGCAGCCCAGAGGAAAGCUCGUAUGCCGUCUCCUCCCCAAUGUCCACAAGUUGCCCAAGUGAACCUUCAAGCCCAUUCAGCAUGGACAGUAACAGCACAGCUUCGUCUCCCAUUGUCGAAAGCACGGACCACCUCACCUUUGAUGAGGACACUAUCAGCUCCCUCGCAUCAUUACUGGAGGAUGACGUAAAUAACAACGAUCCUGGCUUUUGGGAAGAGGAACCUAAAGCAAAAGUACGCCGGACUUCCAUUUCGCAGUUGUCGCCUGGGUCUGUUGCCCAGGUUCCAAGAAGUCCACCGGGAGGUUUCGACUUUGGACUGGCAAUCACUGACCCCAGUUUCGUGUGUACAACCUUCAACCUAGAAGGUCCUGCAACAGAAAACGGAAAUGCUUCUGUACCAGUCAGAACCAGCACAAAACAGUGUAGUCAACGCAAAGCAGCCAAGUCGAAGCCACCAAGUUUGAAUCUUUCCUUCCCGAGUAGUGAUGGCAGUGCUGUAUUGUCCAUGCUUGUCCAGCCAGAGAAACAUCACAGGGCCAGAUAUCUCACAGAGGGCAGCCGUGGCAGUGUCAAAGAUGAAACACAACAGGCAUUCCCCACCUUGAAGCUUGAUGGAGUGAAUGAGGGAGUGACGUUACAUGCCUUCGUCGCUUCAGACCAAGGCAAAACCAAACCGCAUGGUUACUACCAAGCAUGCAAAGUGACAGGCAGAAAUACAACUCCUUGUACAGAGAUCGAUAUUGACGGAACAACAGUCAUAGAGAUCCCUUGGGAGUGUACUGGCAACAACAUGGAAAUGAGUGUUGACUGUGUGGGUAUUCUCAAGCUGAGGAAUGCAGAUGUUGAACAGAGAAUAGGACUUGCAAGAUCAAAGAGGAAGAGUACAACUGUACGUCUCGUUUUCAGAGUCUUCCUCAAAAGGCCUGAUGGUUCUGUCACGAUACUUCAGGAAACGUCUUCUCCAAUCUGUUGCACUCAGCCACUUGGUCAUCCGGAGAUAGUCAAGAAGAGCCUGACUUCCUGCUCUGUCAAAGGUGAUGAGGAUAUGUUCAUUAUUGGCAAGAACUUCAUCGCCAAGCACACUAAGGUGAAGUUGCAGGAACUCUGUCCACUUGGCAAAGUCCUCUGGGAAGGCAACUGUGAGAUAGACAAGGCACUGUUCCACAAUACCCACAUUGUGUGCAAAGUGCCACCCUACAAAGCUCUGGACAUUGAUAGACCGAAGGAGGUCUAUCUUGUGGUCACGAGUGGACCGAGUAAAACCAGUGAGCUCUAUGCUCACCCCUUCAACUACAUGCCACUGAGUGAAUCUGGAAGAAAACCAGAGAUUAUUCCUGUACAGAUGCCAGUGGUUAAUGGUGGAGCUGUCAAUGUUGUGGAGUCUGCUCUCUCCCCUCCGAUGGUCCAACCCAUGCAACCAAUCAGUGUGGCCCAGUCCCAAGCCUGUGUGAUGGAUGGAGGGAAGAGCUUUGCGGACACACUAAAAGCAGCUGCUCAACUUGAACUGAAAAGUCCUGGUCUUCUUGCCAAGUUGGCUCAUCAAGAUCCCAACAUUUCAAGUUUACUGGGGCUGAUAUCGGAAUCGAGCAACACCGCAGCUUUGGUUUUGGAACAGCCAGUGUUUAAAGAGCUUAUCCAGUUAGGCAUUGUUGGCGUUAAACAGGCAAAUAACGAAGAUGAAGUGGGCAUCGAGAACAUUGAGGAAAUGGGGGUGGUUUUAGAGGAAGGCACUAGCCAAGAGAUGUCACUGGAUGAGAUUGAUAAUCUUCUUGUCUGGUGGAAGGAACAAGCUCACUUCAAUCAAGGGAGUGUCCCUACUGCGACUUUGGAUGAUGUUUCGUCAGUUCUUUCGUUAUAGAGGAUGUGUUGCGAACCAACAUCUACCAAGCAACCGAGUUCUGCAUCCAGACGCGAGGAGAGAACACUGUAAAUACUGUAUAUUAUUAACCUAUAAUCAAAGAGGAGGCAAUCACAUUGCCCAUGUUACAUAUGUGUACAUUUCUUUUUGUAUUGUUUAGUUUUGUAAAUGCCUUCUUGCUAAGCAGAACCUUGAAUGUACAAAGCUAAGUAAAUUAUUCACAACUGUCUCCGGAAAGGAUCUGAUGAAACACGGUACACAGAAAUCCUGUUUGUAGAAUCAUUUCAAAAUGAUUUCAAAAUAACAUUUCAUUUCACAAACUGCCAAAUCAUUCAUAUGGUUAAAUACUGAAUUAAAAUCUGAAAAGAACACUCGACUGUUUUAAGGUCACUCUAAGAUCCUCAAAUUUGGGGCAAGUACAUAUGUAAAUAAUCUUUAACCAGUAAAGUUUAUAUUUACAAAGCAUGUUUGUACUGCUGCACACAGCAUAACUAUGUAAAACAAAACUUGCUUUGAGACUUAAAAAUGUGUUGAUGCAUAUUAUUACAUAAUGCAGUUUUUUUUCAUUUCUUGCUGUAAAAUAAUGUUUAUUGUGCUGAAGUACUCAGAUUUUCAGAUAUAUCCAAUAGUGAAGGUGAUUUAGGUUAAAUCUUUCAACCGUACAAAAAUAUUCCCAUACAACAGCUGAACACCAAAUUAUGUAUGCGCGCGCGGUACUUGUAUAGGCAUUGUUUUUGCUGCGUGUAUUCCAAACGGGUUAACAUUUAUGCUUGAACAAGAGACAUGAUUUUGAACAUUCUAUUGGGGGGUUUUGGGGCACAAUUUGACACCAAAUUCUGGAAAGAAAUAUACCGGCAUGAAAUUUACAGAACAGGUUUGGUUUCGACUUCAACUCGUUUGCAUUCUUGCCUUAUUAAAACAGCAUUUUUUUGGUGUGUUCACAUACUCGAGUAUGAACAAUUUACAUGUACUUGUAGCUUAUGUGGAGUAGGGUUCUGUUAACAAACCUUUUAAGUGCAUGAGUUUUCAUUCACUUUGCUUCCGUCCCUUUGAUAAAUCUACAUGUAUUUCAGUCAGCAGUCUCAUUUAAUGAUUUGACACUCAAAGGUGGUUUUUAUCAAGUUGUGGUACUCCAUUGAAGAUAAGCAAGGGGAACUAACGAGUUGUUAGUGUAUUAUCCCAAAACAAAUUGACGACACAAACAAAAAUUGUAUUCUGGUUUUGUGAAAACAGGGUACUCCAUUUAAAAAAAAAAAUUAUGGCCGCUUUUUUUUCACUGAAGAUAUUCCGUUUUCAGUAGCGUAAGCUUUACAAUGCAAACGCUUCCUUGUGUGCUUUACCUAAAAAGUCAGCAAUCUGCAAAUUAACACAAAUUUUGAAACGAGGGUCAAAACCUAUAUUUAAUAUUAUUGACUGAUUUUGUUAUUGUCUUUAAAUCUACAAAUACAUGUACAAAAUGUACUAUUUGUCCAGCUCAUUUGUUCUGUAAACAGCAUGCAGUUACUGAAUAAAAAGAGAACAUUGUGAAUUGUCACUGGAAAUUGAAA